ACCACUCUGGCCACUCUGCUUUGUGAAUUGUUGAAACCAAGCCUAUUUACCUGGAUAGAACGUAGACGACAUGGAGGCCAUGCGAAGGAAGCUCAUGGAGAAUGCUGGCACGAGCAUGUACCCGGACGUUUCGCGCGUGCGAGAGGCACCCGGAACGACGUCUCAAGCUCAGAACCCUAUAUCUGUUGUGUCCAUAAACUCUGACGCCUCCGACUCCGACAUGCCAGUGAAGAUGAAGCCACGGAACCAGAAUCCGAUCAUUGUACUAUCAGAUUCAGAGGAUGACGAAGUGCAGAUUGUCUCGCAGCCGCUACGUCCCCAAUCAUCGAAUGCACCGCCCCCUGCUCUUCUGAAAGCAGCUCGGCCGGUGCAUAUACCUUCCAACAAGGACCUGGAGCCUCUGCGCACUUCAGACCGCGAUUAUGAGACCUUUGAUCUCCCUGCUGCUGACAAUAUGUACGACCCCAUGCUUACGCCCGCUGAUGCUGAAAAGGCGCUGCAAGAUCUCGUCACGGGGGCUUACGGCCACGAUGAAGUUGAUGUGUCGCUCGAAGAUGCUAUUGUUGAAGGCUUCCGUCCUGGAAUCAAGCUCCUGCCACACCAGAUCGUGGGCAGGAAGUGGAUGGCCGAGCGAGAGACAGGGAAGAAGACGGGUGGUCUCCUGGCGGACGACAUGGGGCUCGGAAAGACCAUCCAGACCAUUACAAGGAUCGUGGAUGGCCGUGCGACCAAGAGGGACAAGAAAGACGGAUGGUCUCCCUCUACUCUCGUUGUGUGUCCCGUUGCCGUCGUGUCGCAGUGGGCGAGUGAGAUCAUGAAGAUGGCGAUCGGUCUCACAGUCAUUGAACAUCACGGUCAAACCCGUACUAGCAACCCAUCGGAUCUCGAGCGCGCUCAUGUCGUGAUCACGUCGUACUCAACCAUCGCGUCCGAAUAUGGCACGUAUAGCCCGGCAACAGACGAGAGCAAGCCCAAAAAGAAGUCGAAGCAGUCUCAGUCCCAAGUCUCAGAUGAUUCCGACGAUGACAGCGUCGGCAAAGUGCUCAAGACUACGACGCGCAAGGCGUCUGGGAAGAAGCCAAAAGACGCAUUGUUUCGUGUUAAAUGGUAUCGCAUAGUGCUAGACGAGGCGCAUAACAUCAAGAACAGAACGACAAAGGCUGCUCUAGCAUGCUGUGCUCUUGAAAGCAAGUACCGCUGGUGCUUGACCGGUACCCCGAUGCAAAACAACGUCGAAGAGCUAUUCUCUUUAUUCAAAUUUCUCCGCAUCCGGCCACUUAACGAUUGGCCCACCUUUAAUGCGCAGAUCGCCUUGCCCGUGAAGAGCAACAAAACAACGAGGGCAAUGAAACGUCUUCAGGUGGUCCUGGGCGCCGUCAUGCUUCGGCGAACCAAAGAAACAGUGGUCAAUGGCAAACCUAUUCUGCAGCUGCCCGAUCGGAGCGUGGGGAUGGUGGAAUGCCACUUCGAUGCGCAGGAGCGUGCCUUCUACGAGACUGUCAACACCCGAGUCCAGGACAGCUUGGACAAGUUGGAGAAACAAGGUGGUGUUGCCAAGAACUAUACCUCGAUGCUCGUGUUGCUUCUACGGCUGCGUCAGGCCUGCAAUCACCCAACCCUUGUGUCCGAGGACUACAGGAAGGACAAGGACGCGGUUGAGCCCAAGGCUACACAAAGUCGAGAGGAUGGAGACGAAGACGCAGAUGCGCUUGCAGACGCUCUCGCCGGCAUGGGCAUUUCUGGGACAACGUCUUGCCAAUUGUGCCAGAUGAGGUUUCCCGUCGGUGAUAUCAAUGGGGAUGGAAACUGCAAUGCUUGUGCCAGUCUUAUGACGAAGGCACGAAGACGGUCGACCGAUUCGGAUCUUCCUCCUGAUUCCAGCAAGACGCGUAAGAUUUUGGAGCUACUUCAUGACAUCGACAAGCAGUCCGGAGGGCAGGAGAAGACUAUUAUAUUCUCCCAAUUUACGUCUAUGCUCGACCUGCUCGAGCCUUUCCUCCUGGCAGAAGGGAUCAAAUUCGUUCGAUACGAUGGCAGUAUGAACAAGCUGCAGAGAGACCAGGCCCUCGAGAAGAUCCGAGAAAGUCGCAAGACCCGUGUAAUCCUCAUUUCGUUUAAAGCGGGAUCUACUGGGUUGAAUCUCACAUGUUGCAACAACGUGAUCCUGGUAGACUUGUGGUGGAAUCCAGCACUUGAGGAUCAAGCAUUUGACCGAGCUCACCGAUUCGGUCAAACUCGUAAUGUUCGAAUCCACAAGCUGUUUGUACCGAAUACAGUCGAGGACAAGAUACUAGAGCUUCAGGACAAGAAGCGAGAGCUAGCCAAGGCAGCGCUUUCGGGUGACAGAAUGAAGAAUAUGCGACUCGGCGCCGAUGAACUCGUUGCUCUCUUCCGACAUGGAGGAAAUGACGAGGAUGACGACGAUUGAUUAUGAGCAUACACCGGCUGCUUAUGCUAUGUUGUCUCAUCUCGUUUUGCUUUCCUCCUGCUUUCGACAAUAUCGCGCAAAGGCUAUCCUGCGCAACUCGUCAGAUCUAUCUCAGCAUAUACUUGUGGCCAGACUGAGGAAGCGCAGAAUAGUAAAACACGCCAACACAUUGCUACAUUUUAAUACACAUUGCUACUACGCAC